AUGAUUGAUUCAUUUAAUGAUCAAGAACAAUUGAAACUACUGGAAUUUCAUUCUUACUUCGAUCCAGCUGGAUUUUCAACAUUAACUGAUCAAGAGAAACGUAUAAUUGAACAAAGUAUUAAAGCGGUGGUGGCGGAUAGUAGUUUUCAAUCGAGACAACUGCUAGCAGCUGCAUCACAAAUUAACUCAACCACAACCAACGCAUUUAACAAAUCAAAAUCACUUGAAAGAUCAACGAAGAGUGCAACGGAUAUGUUUAAUGAAUCUAUUGGCGAAGAUAGUUAUGCGGAAAGUGUAGGUGAUGAAAAUAAAAAAGCAACAAUUAUUAAUGAUAUGCAAAAUUAUCGAAGAUAUGCAACACAAUUUAUUUGA